AUGGGCGAUGGCAAAAAUGAUUAGCGAACCUUUAAUCCUAAACCGAACAAUCAAGGAGAUAGAUGACAUUUUUGGUUGUAACCGACUUGUUGAGGAGUCAUUUGUUCCAGAACUCAAUUACCUAAAAGCAUGCAUUAAGGAGUCUUUCAGGCUACAUCCUUUUUUAGCCUUCAACGUUCCCCACGUUUCACUCAAGGAUACUAUUGUGGCGGGUUACUUUGUACCCAAGGGUAGCCAUGUGCUACUUAGUAGGCUUGGGUUGGGAAGGAAUCCGAAUGUGUGGAAAGAUCCAAUGCGAUUCAAUCCAGAUCGACAUCUAGUCAACAUUGGAAAAGAAGUGGUUCUUUCGGAUCAUGACUUGAGGAUACUGUCAUUGAUUGGCACAGGGAAACGUGGUUGUCUUGGAGUUAUUUUGGGAUCAACCAUUACUACAAUGUUGAUAGCUAGAAUGAUUCAAGGAUUUGCAUGGGAAACGCCACACAAUGAGCCAAAGAUUAAGCUUGUUGAGAGUCAUGAUAAUCUUCACCUGGCUAAGCCACUUGUAGUAGUUUAUGCAUUAUGUUAUCUAGAAUAA